CAGCAAUCCAUCAGAGUAACUUUGAGUACUUUUCACUCCUCUCGAUCAUCAGCAGUUGAAAACAAAACAAGAUGUACGGAAUACAAUUGAAAAGCUAUCUGCACCUUGCUCUGCUUUGCGCCACCAUCAGCUUGAGCUGGUGCGGAUCCGACUACACUCCGGCCAGUUACACAGUCACCGGAGAUACUUCCCCGCCAGGCGACGGUUACGCACUGAAACAAAUUGUCAACUACGAGUACGCCAUCGACGACUAUUACGGUAACAAACAAUCCAAGAAGGAAACCAUCAAUGGAGUUGAAUACACGGCAGUUGGAGAGUACAAAACUCUCCUUCCGGAUGGCAAGACCCAGGUGGUGACUUACGAAUCGGGACCUUACGGUCAUCUGGCUAACGUGUCUUACGAGAAGGGCAAGACCUAUGCACCGGCUCCAUCUUACACUCCGGCGCCACCCGCUCCAGUCUACACUACAGAGGCUCCAGUUUAUACUACAACUACACCAGCUUACACCACAGAGUAUACCACCGCUACACCCGUUUCCACGACCGAGUACACUACAACUACACCGGCUUACACUACCACUACACCAGUUUACACUACUACUACACCCGUUUACACUACCACUACACCGGAUUACACUACCACUACACCGGUUUACACUACUACUACACCGGUUUACACUACUACUACACCCGUUUACACGACCGAGUACACUACCACUACUCCGGUCUACACAACAACUACCCCCGUCUACACUACUACUACACCCGUUUAUACGACCGAGUACACUACAACUACGCCGGAUUACACUACCACUACACCGGUUUACACUACCACUACACCAGUUUACACUACUACUACACCCGUUUACACUACUACUACACCCGUUUACACUACUCCUACACCCGUUUCCACGACCGAGUACACUACAACUACGCCGGAUUACACUACCACUACACCGGUUUACACUACUACUACACCGGUUUACACUACUACUACACCCGUUUCCACGACCGAGUACACUACAACUACACCAGCUUACACCACCACUACACCAGUUUACACUACUACUACACCCGUCUACACCACUACUACACCGGUUUACACUACAGAGUAUACUACCACUACACCAGCUACUACUACACCGGUUUACACUACUCCAGCUCCCGUGUAUACUACUACUCCGGCUCCAUACAGACCACCUGCCUACAGCCCUCCAGCGUACACACCACCAGCUUACACUCCUCCGGCCUACACUCCUCCGGCUUACACUCCACCAGCCUACAGCACACCGGCUCCUUACAAGGCACCACUUAUUGCACCAUACGUACACACGAAAACGUCGGUUCACUACGUAAAAGUACCUUACGUCGCUCCAGCUCCGGCUCCUUAUUACGCACCAGCUCCUACCUACGAAACUACCACCACUUACGCUCCUUCUACCUAUGCCCCUUCUACUUACGCUCCUACCACUUAUGCCCCUAUCACUUAUGCCCCUACCUAUGCCCCAGCUCCUGCUUACGCUGCACCAUCUUACAGCGCUCCCGCUCCUUCAUAUCCUGCAUAUCCCCCCUACGCCAUUUCAUCUUACCCUGCUCCCGUUCCUCAAUACCCUGCUCCGACUGCUCCAGUUAAAUCCAUUAUGCAUUAUCCACAAUUCCAUCCAUCUAUGGAUGUGGCUCCGACACCCAUGAUGUCCGGCUACGGUAGACGAUAGACCCAACUCCGGUCGUUUGUCGUUCGGUCAUCAGAAUCCUGCCUUAACAUUUCAACUUUUCAAUUUCAAAUGUUUACACACUUAAUGAUGCCAUGACUUUUCUUGAUCUUUAUUAUUUCUUUAG